UUUUGUAGCUAUCUAUCUGAAUCUGAAUUUGAUCUGUAAGAAAGAAAGAAGAGAAAUAUGAGUGGUAGUGAAGGAAGUCCGACUGUCGACGGCGCCGGCCAUUCUUCUUCCGCUUCCGUGGAAAAGAAGAAGAAGGAUAAGGCUAGGGUGAGCAGGACAUCGCAGAUAUUAUGGCACGCGCAUCAAAACGAUCCCUCAGCUGUCAGGAAGCUCUUGGAAGAAGAUCCAACGCUCGUAACCGCUAGGGAUUACGAUAAACGAACACCUCUCCACGUCGCCUCCCUCCAUGGCUGGAUCGACGUUGCCAAAUGCUUGCUUGAGUUCAGAGCCGAUGUUAAUUCUCAGGAUCGUUGGAGGAACACGCCUUUAGCAGAUGCUGAAGGAGCCAAGAAGCACAGCAUGGUUGAGUUGUUAAAGUCCUACGGUGGAAAUUCCUAUGGACAAAAUGGAAGUCAUUUUGAAGCAAAGCCUGUCGCUCCACCUCUACCCAACAAGUGUGAUUGGGAAAUUGAUCCUUCUGAAUUGGACUUCUCACUAGCCCAUGUCAUUGGAAAGGGGUCUUUUGGUGAGAUAGUAAAGGCAAGCUGGCGUGGAACACCAGUAGCUAUCAAACGUAUUCUUCCAAAUCUAUCCGAUGAUAAAUUGGUGAUUCAGGACUUCAGGCAUGAGGUGAAUUUACUGGUAAAGCUUCGUCAUCCUAAUAUUGUUCAAUUCUUAGGAGCCGUGACUGACAAAAAGCCUCUAAUGUUAAUAACUGAGUAUCUACGUGGGGGUGAUCUUCAUCAGUACUUGAAGGAGAAAGGCCCACUUAGUCCAUCAGUUGCCAUUAAUUUUGCACAAGAUAUUGCUAGAGGCAUGGCUUAUCUUCAUAACGAACCAAAUGUCAUAAUUCACAGAGACCUGAAGCCAAGGAACGUUCUUCUAGUCAACACUAGUGCAGAACACUUGAAAGUUGGGGACUUUGGAUUAAGCAAACUCAUUAGGGCAGAAAAAGCUCAUGAUGUCUAUAAACUGACUGGAGAAACUGGAAGCUAUCGUUAUAUGGCUCCUGAAGUAUUUAAGCACAGAAAGUACGACAAGAAGGUUGAUGUUUUCUCCUUCGCAAUGAUUCUAUAUGAGAUGCUUGAAGGCGACCCACCAUUGUCAAACAUGGAACCUUAUGAAGCAGCAAAAUGUGUAUCUGAAGGACAAAGGCCCAGCUUCAGGGCAAAAGGAUAUACUUCUGAGUUGAAAGAGUUAACAGAACAGUGUUGGGCUGCAGAUAUGAGUCAGAGACCAUCUUUCUUAGAGAUUCUUAAGCGACUCGAAAAGAUUAAGGAAAGCUUACCAUCAGAUCAUCACUGGAACAUAUUUUCUUGAUUGGUUUGGUUCAUUGAAACCUAAGAUGUGACAAAUAUUUAAACAUUUCCUAAUCUAGUUAUAUAUAUCUUCAUCCUGAUUUAUCUCCUCUUCCUCAUGAUUCCAGCAGCUGAUGAGUGAGUGCUAAAUGGACCAGUAAAUUCAAAUUGCAUGUUUUGUUUCCUUGCUUAAGAUAAGCAUCCUCCCUUGAUCAAUGUAAAAUGUUUAUAUGUUUUAUGAUACAACUUAUUAGUUAUUACUGCUG